UCGAUAUCAACCUAAACAUCGAAAAACUUCUGAAAACAUCGCUAAAAAAGUAUCGAUGCUCGAUGCAUCAGCAUCUCUAGAUCCAGCCAUCAUCCAAUAUGUUUACGCUGAAUAAAAGUUUAUUUAUAAUUAAUUGCUGAGCUUUUCGAUGGCUGCCGCCGCCCAUUUGGAAGAGCAGGCAGUUCCAGCGGAUCCCGCCAGCGACUGGCAUCUGUGGUGUCGACUAUGCGCCAAUGAUGACAUCCAGGGCAACAUGAAUGUGUUUCUCAAAAACGAUGGGGACGCAUCUUCCGGGGAUCUCUCACUGGCCACCGCCAUCGGCAAGUACUUUUGGGUGAAUAUAUCACGAGGUGAGGACUUGCCGGAGAUGAUAUGCUGCGAGUGCCUUACGCUUGUCACUUCGCUGGUGAACUUCUCGGAACGCAUUACCCGCGUCCAAAAGCUGUUCUGCAUCCUGCAGAGUGCCUCGGGUAAAGAUGUGUCGCUGAAUGUCCAGGAGCUGCGCUCCAAAUUCGGCCUGCUUGAGGAGGCGCCAGGAACGGAGGUUCACUACGUGGAUGAGAAACCCAAGUUGGGGAUACAAGUGGGUUUGCUGCCAGAGGAGCCGGAGCUUCUUGAAGAACUUGAAAACCCCUUGACUCCGGAGGGAGAACAUGAGGAGCAGGCCGCGGAACAAGGCGAACAGGGAGGGCCUUCAGGAUCUGACAAUCAGGAUCCAGUCUAUGAAGCCGACGAUGAUGCUGCACUGGUUAAACUAUGCGAUGAAUAUGACUUUCCUGAGCAUAGUUCCUCCUCUAAAGAAGAAGAAGGCGGCCGCCUCACCCUCUCCCCCCACAAGCAAGAGAAAGCUGAGAAAUGUGAGCUAGAUUCCGAUCCCGAUCCCAAUAAAAGCCACCAGUGCAGUAGAUGCUUGCGAACAUAUGUCACCGCCAGGUCGCUGCACAGGCACAUGCGCCAGGAUCACUGGAAGGCCGAGUCAGCUGGCUCUGACCUGUUCACCUGCACGGAGUGCUCCAAGAAGUUCCGCACCCACUACCAGCUGGAGCGGCACAGUCAACGUCACCUGCCCCUGACCGUUGCCAAGCCAAAGCAGCAUGCCUGCAACAGUUGCGACAAGAAGUUCGCAAGCAGCGCUUCCGCCACACAACAUGCCCAGUACAUGCACCUGGACGAACGGCCGAGACCAGUGAUCUGUGAACAGUGCGGCGUCGGCCUCCAUUCGAUGAGCGCCCUAAAGGAGCACGUGUUAAAGCAUACGGACUACGCCCCCUUCGAGUGUGAUGUGUGCAAGAAAUGCUUCAAGUCAGCCAACCGCCUGAAGCACCACAAGGAGACGCACGAUCCGCACAAGUAUAUCUGCCCCGAGUGUGGCAUGCAGCUGAACUCCCGGCCCACGUUAAAUCGACACCGGUUAGUCCACACCGAUCAAAUGCAGCACAAGUGCGACUACUGCGGCAGGGAGUUCAAGCGAGCCAAGGCGCUAAAAAACCAUCUCAUCCUGCACACUGGACUAAAACCCUACUCAUGCGACUUCUGUGAUCGCACCUUUGCCAAUGGCUCAAACUGUCGCACGCACAAGAAGAAGGCGCAUCCCGAGGAGCUGGCGGCCCAGGAGGCGUCGGGUGGAGGCAAAACCUACAACAGGAAUAUACCGAAACUAGAGGCACUCAAGGCAUUCACCAAAAACAAGGACAACUUGUCACCGGUAGCAACCAAACAGAGCGGCUGUUUCGCCUUCGGAAAAAAACCCAAGCCACCGGUCAAGGGGAAUGACAGCAAUCUCAACUUCAAAACGGAUCGCAACGCUUCCCUUCAAGAGUCAGAGUCUGAGCCAGCGCCUGAGCUCUCAGCUCAACCUGAUCCUUCAGAAUCGGCUAUAUCCACGAUAGACAAUAUAUACAACCACAUCAUGAUUGAAUAUCGCUAGGCCCAACUAUUACUAUUGCAAUGACUAUGGACUAUCUUGUUUUUUGUAAAUUUUUCUUUAAAUAUCAUCUACAUUUACUACUACUUACCAAUAUCUUUACUUGCAUUGUUAAUGUAAGGAGACAGGCAGGCCUAUUUAUAAACUUAAUAUUAAUAAUA